AUGUCCAAUGAAAUAGAUGAAUACUUUAACCACAAGUCUACAGAGUGGAAUAUUUUUGAUUUUUUGGUAGAAUCUAAUGAAGAACCUUUUCAACAAAAGAUAGAUAGGUACCUUAAGAGCCUUGAAACCAUUGUUGAUUGUGAAGAAGGCAAGAAGAAAGAAAAAGCGAAAUAUCUCCUUCAAAGAUAUAGAGAGGCAACCAAAACCAUGUUGGGCACAGUUGUCCUUUCACAAAAAACCUCAAUGAUUCUGGAAAAUUUCAAAAAUGCAAAACUGAAUGCUUUCACAGCAAGUGUUAUUAGGCUUGGAUUGUCUUCCAUUGUGGAUUUAUCAUCCGAGUUUUCAAAUGGUUGUGUUCUUGAAAGUAUUGAGAAGAUUGAAAUUAUGUUUAAAUUAUCGAUAUUGGGAUGCGUGAGAGUAUUUGCUAGAUCAAAUGAAGGAUCGUUCGGCUAUGACAAUUUAUCUUCAAAUCAUGAAGAUAUACUUCACAAUGUAC